AUCUUAUUUGGUAUCUUCCAUGUUCGUCAUGAGAAUUGGACGGAUCCACCAGGCUUUUUUCCGUUCGGUAUGACAGGGAUAAUAGCUGGUGCUGGAACACUUUUCUGUAUAUUUACUGGAAUAGACUGUAUUUGUUCUUUGAGCGAAGAAACAAGAGAACCAAUCAAAAUUGUCCCACGUGCAAUCAUAACUUCCAACAUUCUAACGUUUGUUAUAAUAAUGUGUGUGACUUUGGCUGUAACACUAUCAUAUCCCUGGUAUAAUCUACACGACAUUAUGGCUAUUCCUACUGUCUAUCAAAAUAAAGGAGUAAAUGGAUCAUUUUAUGUUUUUGCAAUUGGUGGAUUAAUAGGACUAACCGCUGCUUUGGUCAGCAGCAUACACGGAAUACCAAGGUUGUUGUUUUCUAUGAAAAUGGACCGGUUAUUAUAUCCUUGCUGCUUACUGAAUCCCGACACUGGAGGAGUUUUUAAGUUAACUAUAUUUCCUUUGUUGAUAGCAAGUCUAUUAUCUGUGUUUGUGACGCUGAAUAUGUUAAUUCAAAUGUUGGCAUUAGGAUCAUUGAUUUCAUACACUUGCGUAGCAGUAUGUGUUUUACAUGUCCGUUAUCAACCAACACACGUUGGACUUUUCCAGGAAUAUGAAGACUUAAAUGAGGAUAAAUUUAUUCAGAGCACAGAACUUGUAUAUCCAUCUUUAUUUACACGAAACCCCAAAAAUAAUAACGAUUUAAGUAAGACUUUUGUUGAGAAAAACAAUAUUGGAUUUUUCAACAGAUUGUCAAAAGAUCCAAAAAAUCAUUUAAUUAUGCCGGACAAACCACGUGAUACCACGUAUCACAAAAUGGAUAGUGUAAUAAACGAUACACCAAGUGGAAGUCAGAGUAGUUUGUUUCAAAUUCCUCCAGGAAUUGCAAUAGAACCUUCAAAUGCAACGUCAAUGACGUCAUCAAUAGCACUAAUUAUAUUCAUUAUAGCAACAACUGUUUUCUCCUUCAUAGUAAUAUUUGCCAGUGAUUCGUUGUUUACUGGUUCGUGGUGGGCUACGGCUUGUUUUUUAAUUUCUGUGAUAACAUUAAUAGUAACAACUGUAGUCAUUGUAAAGCAGCCUCAGAAUCAAACCAGUUUACUGUUUAAAACUCCAUAUGUGCCGUUCGUACCGCUGCUUCUUAUAUUCAUAAAUUUGUUAAUGAUGUCAUCAUUAUCAUAUAAAGCAUGGUUACGAUUCAGUAUAUGGCUAUUCAUUGGAAUAAUUGUUUAUUUUAUAUAUGGAAUACGACACAGCACAGAAAGUGAAAUAGACGACCAAGAAGUUGUUCUUUAUGAAAUAAAUGACCAAGAAAGGACACCAAUAAAGUGAUAAGAAGUUGUAGUUUCCUCCCUUAAGAGCUAACAGAGUCUCCUCCCUUCAGAGCUAACAGAGGACAUAGGAUCACAGAAUGAGAAGGAAAAAACUGAAUCUUAAAUAUCGAAAAUACUAUGUAACCUCAGCAGAUUAUGAUUAUCAUAACUUUAAUUAAUGUUUCUUUUAUUACGAUCUAAGUAUGUUUAAGGAGGAGAAAAUGCAUUCAAAAGUAGAAUAUACAACAUUAACAGGGAGGAUGGUAAAGUGUAUAUUUGAAUAACCAAUAAACAACAAUGAAUAA